AUGAAUCCUUGUCUUUUUUUUUUACUUUUCUCACUUCUCUUGCUCCUUGUGACUGCAACUGCUAGCCAAUUGGGAGGCGAUUAUAGAAAUGCUGUUACGAACAAGUGUUUGCAUAAGGAGAGGCUUGAUCUCCUUCUUUUCAAAGCUUCCCUUCAUGACCCCAAUGAUACUCUCUCUACAUGGAGAUCUGACGAACAUGAUUGUUGUAAUUGGAAAGGAGUCACGUGCAACAACCAAACAUGUCAUGUCAUAGGGCUUGAUAUUUCCGGCUCUAGUCUCGGAGGUGAGAUAAGCAAUUCAUUGCUUAACUUAACCUAUUUGAAUCAUCUUGACCUUUCUAGAAAUUCUUUUCAUGGAAUCAUUCCUAGUUUCAUUGGUUCCAUGACUCGGUUAAGGUACCUUAACCUUUCCUAUAACUCCUUUCAUGGAACCAUUCCUCCAGAGUUUGGAAACCUCACCAACUUGCAAUGGCUCUACCUUGGAUAUGUUGGAAGCUAUAGAGUUGAAAAUCUAGAGUGGUUGUCCCAUCUUUCUCAUUUGGAGGAACUUCAAAUGGAUGGGAUUUCCUUAGCCAAACAAAAUCAUUGGGUAGAUGUAAUUCUGAGUCUCGGGAAACUAUCACUUUUAAGUUUAAAGGGAUGCGAGCUCUCACAAGUCAUGUAUCCAUAUUCUUCAUUUCUCAACUCUUCUUCAUCUAUUCAUUCCCUUGAUCUAAGUGAUAACAAUCUUAACUCAUCCAUGUAUCGUUGGUUGCUCCUAUUAACCAGCAAUAACCUUCUUCAUCUUUAUCUCUCUAGCAACAUGUUAGAUGGGAUCCCUAAAUAUCUUGGUAACCUUUGUGGUCUGGAAAAUUUGUACUUCAAUAACAACACUGUUGUUGUCAAAUUUCCUCAUUUUCUCAACAACUUGUCAGGAUGCACAUCGCUUACAUUACGAGAGUUGUAUGCUCCAGGAAGCCAACUUACAGGGUCAUUGUCCGAUGAGAUCCAAAAGUUUUCAUCCCUUGAAUACUUGGACUUAUCUCAUAAUCACUUAAUUGGAAGUAUAAAUGAGAAACUAUGA